AUGAGCCGUAGACGACAAAAUAAUAAAGAACCUAAUCCAAGACAAAGAAUAUCAGACCAGUCUUCUGGUCGUCCUAACGUUAGUACAUCUAAAAAUCAAAAUGAUCGUAACAAGGGUAACAGAAACCAAAAGAGAGGAGGUGGUAAAAAUAACCGUGAUAACCGUGAUAACCGUGAUAAGUUAAGUCCUAUAUUACCGAACCUCUUUGAAAUCGUAAAGCCGGAAAAAAAAGGUUUUCGUGCGAUACCGAUUAUUCCAACUGAGAAGGAAAUUCUAGCACCACAACCGGAAGAUAUUCCAAUAAAUCGAAUUGAUAAACCAUACGAAUCAAUGGACGAGUAUCUAGAAACUCAUUAUAAAUUACUAAGAGAAGACUGUCUAAGACCUCUUCGUGAAGGUAUACAGUUUUUUCGAACAAAACCUGAAGAAAAUAAUCGAGAUUUACGAGUAUAUGUUAAGGUAAAUCUUGUGGGUGUAACAUUCGCAAAAAUUGGCGUUGUACAUCGAAUCAGCUUCAGAACCAAAGAUUUUGAGCGUGUUAAUUGGUCCACAAGCAAGCGUUUACUUCCCGGAACAUUAGUCGUCUUUUCAAAAGACAAUUUUGAUACUAUGAAGUUUGGAACAGUUGUAAGCCGACCUCUUGAGCUACUCGGGAAGAGUUUUGAUUUACAAAUUGAUGUGCUUUUUCGGCUUGAAGAUACAGAUUUUGAAUUGCCAGAAGGAUAUAUUAUGGUUGAAUCAACUACAUCGUAUUUCGAAGCUUAUAGGCACGUCUUAAAUAUCCUUCAGGAAUUGGAUCCUGAAACGUUACCAUUUAAGGAACAUAUUGUUGAACGAAAAUUAGAAAUCGAAAUUCCAAAAUAUUUGAAUGCUAGAAUUCCCAUCUAUGAGCUUGGUAAAACAGAAGCGUUUCAAAACCUUGAAAAUUGUAUUGGCACAUCUAGGCUUAAUGUUCGUGAAAAAUGGGAUAAUUGGCCAACGAUAGAAGAAAUGAAAACUGAAUUACAUAUUUCACAAUACGAAGCAUUAAAGAGGAUGCUUACAUGUCGAUUAGCUUUAGUUCAAGGACCACCAGGUACAGGAAAAACUUAUGUGGGUCUUACUGCAGUUAGAAUUUUACUAGAGAAUCUUCCAGGUACUAUUGUUGUUGCGUGUCAAACAAAUCAUGCGUUAGAUCAAUUCCUUGAAGGCAUUCAACUUUAUGAGGAAAAUAUUAUUAGACUAGGUUCAAGAUCUUCUUCAACUCUAAUCAAACCGCGUACAUUGUUUAAUAUACGAAGCGAUAUGAAAUCGUCUAAUAAUACAAAUUUUAGAAAUCGGAAUCUUAAUCUUUUCUUUGUUAAAAGAAAGAAGAUUGAGGAUGAAAUGAAAGAUUUAUGUAAAGAGAUAGGGAAGCCAUGUCUUGAAUUGGAUUUUAUCAAAGAACAGGGAUAUCUCACAGAUGAGCAAAUUUCGAGUCUUAAACAAGAUGAUUGGUAUUCAAGUAGUUCAGCCGGUAACGAUGACAGCGAUAGAGACUAUAUACAAGAAUGGCUAGAAGCCUCAAUCUCUGCUGCAGCUUCGAAGCAAAAUGAACUUGAUUAUCAGUUUUUCCAAUUCUUGUCGGAAGAUUACGGGGAUCAAGUGGAAGAAGAAGAAGAAUUUGAUGAAGAGUACAUCCAUGUUGUCGAAGCAGAAUUUCAGGGAAUUGAUGGUGGUCAGCUUACAAGCGGUGACUUUGUAGAAUUAAGGAAUGAAAAAUGUAUAAAGUCGGAUGUAUACGUUAGUGAAGAUAUGAUACGUGAAUAUUCUUCCGCUGAAGAUUUAUGGUCUAUACCUCAAGAAGUCCGUGUAGAAAUGCAUAGACGUUGGCGUCGUGUAAGACUGGAAGAAAUUUUUGAUCGACUUAAACACCUUUGUGAGCAAUAUCUCAAAUUUUCUGAGCAGAUAAAAACCGAAAGGAUUCGUGAAGAUUUGUUUAUUCUCAAAGGGGCUCGCGUUGUUGGGAUGACCACUACAGCCGCAGCCAAAUAUCAUGAUUUACUGAUUAAUUUGGCACCAAAAAUCAUGAUUAUUGAAGAAGCCGCCGAGACUUUGGAAGCACACAUUGUGACCGCUCUUACACCUGCGACUGAACAUUUGAUUCUUAUUGGCGACCAUCAACAACUUCGACCAAAUACUUCUGUGCAUGAUCUUGCCAAAAACCAUCAUUUGGAUGUUUCAUUGUUUGAACGGUUGACAAAAUUCUUGCCAUAUUGUCAACUCACUGAACAACGCCGUAUGCGACCGGAGAUCAGAGAAUUGCUCACACCAAUUUAUAAAGAUGUCCUCACAGAUCACGAUAAUGUAUGUAACUAUCCUAAUGUUCCAGGUUUUUGUAAUGAUCUCUUUUUCUUUGAUCACCAAGAAGAGGAGGUUCACGAAGAAGAUACGAUGAGUAAAAAAAACAAGUUUGAGGCAGAGAUGUGUACCAAAUUUACCAACUAUCUUGUGAAAGGUGGAACGAAUGCAAAAAAAAUUACCAUUUUAAGUAUGUACUCUGGUCAAAGGAAACUCAUUGAUAAGUUAUUAAGAGAUGAAUCUCGUAAUACACCAGAAAUUGUAGAUGUUCGUGUAUGUUCGGUGGAUGGCUUUCAAGGAGAGGAAAAUGAUAUAAUUCUUUUGUCCUUGGUAAGAAGCCGUGAACCACGACAGAGUAUAGGUUUUUUGAAUGUGUCCAACAGAGUUUGCGUUGCUUUAUCACGAGCUAAACAUGGAAUGUAUAUUUUUGGCAAUGUAUCACAAUUAAAAAUGCAAUCCGAGCUUUGGCGAGAAGUUUUGAGAAUACUUGAAAAAUCUGGACGUUGCGGUCAAUCUAUUGACCUGUAUUGUCAAAAACAUUCUAACCCUAAUAAAGAAGAAUGGCCACGUGGUGUGGUGAUAACUGAAGUUACAUGGUCUGCUGAAAUACCACCUGAAGGUGGUUGUAUGAGGGAAUGUGAAGAGGUUAUGGAAUGUGGUCACAUUUGUCCAAAUAAAUGUCAUAUAUCUCCACACAAUACUUGUAAGGAAAAAUGCAUCCGGAAAUUCCCUUCUUGUGGCCAUUCAUGUUCCAAACGAUGUGACGAUCCUUGUGGAAAUUGUGAACAAAUGGUUGUGUUUCGCCCACCAUGUGGACACGAAAAAGAAGUGUUUUGCUACGUAAAACAAUCACCUGGUAAUUAUAGAUGUAAGGAGACGUGUUCUAAAAAAUUACCAUGCGGGCAUCAGUGUGAAGAGAUUUGCUCAUCACCCUGGUGUACAACGAUGUGCCGAACUAUGGUUAAAUUUGGAUAUCCUGAUUGUAAUCAU